ACAGUUCAACACCGGGAUGAACGACAGCAAUUAACGUCGGCAUAUAAGUUCUGAUUGUGGGAAUCGGACCACCAUUUCCCUGUGAAAUCAGUAAGGAACUGUCCGAUGAGAUCGCGAGGGUGCGGUUGAGGAACGCCGUGAGAGCCCUGAAACGCUGUUGACAUCACAGGCUAGACAACAACAAUAGAGCGAAAGACAACAACCGCCGACUGCUAGCUCACUAGCGCGGUGGUAUCGGAUGCGAGUGCUGCCUGCUAGCUGUUUUACCAUGCCAGGCAGCCGCUCCGCCGGUAAAUCUGCCGGGUCGCCCCGAAUUUGACUAGACGGCGUUGUUAAAACGCUAAAUAGGUGUCCGGCGACAGGCAGGAGGACAACUCUUCCCGCCUUCGUCACUCCGUUUUCGUCUGUUUUACGCCGAAAUCGCGCUUGUGGCUUUGGCUAACCUAGCUAAAAGCUAAGUCCCGACUUCUCCCCUUCCCCAGUGGCCCGGCCGGAGAUGCACGGAAGAUGUCGGUGUCGGGGCUGAAGGCCGAACUGAAGUUUUUGGAAUCCAUAUUUGAUCCGAACCACGAACGUUUCAGGAUAAUUGACUGGAAGCCCGACGAGCUGAGUUGCCAGUUUAACGUGACCGGGGAAAAGCUGUUGAUUAUUCACUGCAACAUUACGGAAUCCUAUCCUUCUACGCCGCCAAUUUGGUUCGUGGACUCUGACGACCCAAGCUUGGCACAAGUUUUGGAGCGCUUAGAGGAUGUGAGGAAAGGCAGCACACUGCUUUUGCAACAGUUGAAGAAGCUCAUUUGUGACCUCUGCCGGCUCUACAACCUUCCCCAACACCCUGAUGUGGAGAUGCUGGACCAGCCCCUGCCUGCUGGCCCCAUAGGACAAGACCGCAAGCAUGGAACUACAGAUGAGGUCACAUCUGAGGAAGAAGAGGAAGAAGAAAUGGGAGAGGACAUAGAGGACCUAGACCACUAUGAAAUGAAAGAGGAGGAGCCCUUAGAUGGGAAGAAGUCAGAAGAUGAUGGAAUUGAGAAGGAGAACCUGGCCAUCCUGGAGAAGAUCCGCAAGAACCAGAGGCAGGACCACUUGAAUGUAAGUGCUCAUUCGGGAGCGGUAUCUGGUUCAGUGCAAGCCUCUGACCGCCUAAUGAAGGAGCUUAGAGAGAUCUACAGGUCUCAGAGUUACAAGACAGGCAUCUACUCAGUGGAGCUUGUCAAUGACAGCCUCUAUGAAUGGCACGUCAAGCUGAGGACGGUGGACCCAGAUAGCCCCUUACACAGUGAUUUACAAGUCCUAAAGGAAAAAGAGGGAAUGGAUUACAUUCUGCUAAACUUUUCAUAUAAAGAUAAUUUCCCCUUUGAUCCACCGUUUGUACGGGUAGUUUCGCCUGUGCUUUCUGGAGGUUAUGUUCUUGGAGGUGGUGCCCUGUGCAUGGAGCUUCUAACAAAACAGGGUUGGAGUAGUGCCUAUUCCAUAGAGUCUGUUAUCAUGCAGAUCAAUGCCACUUUAGUCAAAGGAAAAGCCAGAGUGCAGUUUGGAGCCAAUAAGAACCAGUACAAUCUUGCCAGAGCACAGCAGUCCUACAAGUCCCUGGUUCAGAUCCAUGAAAAGAACGGUUGGUACACACCCCCUAAAGAGGACGGUUAGGCUAGGACCAUUGCCAUUCCUGCUCUGGGACCACACGUUAAGGAUUAUUUUUCUUUUCCUUGUGAUGUUUUUGUUUUUUGUUUCGGUAUUGUUCAAACCAUUUUUUCUUCCUCUCUCAAAGUGGAGUUGUUCUCAUGGGAGUUUGAACCCGUAACCAAAUUUUUCCACAUUCUGUAAAUCACCCUGUGAGACACAUACAUACACACACACACACACACACACACACACACACACACACACACCAUCAUCAUUCAUCGGCGGUCACUCUUGGUCGAGUACGACUGUCCUCCUUCUAGGUCCUUGUGGGUAUCCUUGUGGGAGGACAUCUGUGCAAGACAGCUUUUUACAUAGAGUGGCUGAUGCGCCUGCAGCCACCACACGGUCCUUGCCAGCGGGUGGCCAGAGUCCACUGGCAUGGAGAACCAAAACAAUUGGGGACCACACUCUGUUGUAGCCGCAGCCUUCAUCCGCCUUCACUGGCAUUGUCUUCCGCCAGUUCUGCGGUUGACGUUUUUGUUGGCUUGCGCUUCAUCCGGAACCUCCCUCUUGACCUAUCCGCCUUGGGUGACCCUACCGGGAGCCAAGCUCCGGACGGCAUAGCUCUUGGGAUCAGUAGUACAUGAAAGCUUCUCCACCACGACAAGGUGGCGAUCCAGGAGAAGAUAGAGACACACACACACACACACACACACACACACACACAAAACCAGCAUUCGUAACUGCUGCUCUGCUGCUUGGUACAGGAUAUUUAUCUCUCUUUUGCAUCUGUUGUCAGAUACAUACUAGUUUUUCAGUUGCGACGUCAUCCCAUACUCCUCCGGGAGGGAAGAAAUCCGUGGAUUUGGCAAACCCUUCGAUUUUUGACGCCAAACAUGCCGAGGUUACUAGAUUGUGACUUUGGUCAAUGGCAAGGCAUGGCUUAAGCUUCCAGCAGCAGCACUUUGAUGCUCAGUUGCCAGAGACUUCCUCUCCAGCUGAAAACUGGAAUGGAAAAUGGCACAUGACAUUCCUCUCGUGUAACACAGUGAUGGCUGGGACCAACAUUUAGAUGUUGGUGGUGGUAGGAACGCUGUCCUACUCUCCAUGGAUGGCUUCUGUUAUAUUUGUGCUCAUGUGAUAUCUUUUUAAUGCCAAGAUUCCCUUCUCCGGAAUAUCGUGUUCCCGAGGCUCGCUUGCUUACAAACAAAACUCUUAUCUUCAAAAGCCCGAAGCCCUGAGGUGGGGAGGAAGCCAAAGAGACUUCUGUGGCCAGGGUGGGACAGUCCUAAUGAAGAAUGGCAUCCUGUUGUACUCCCAAGAUGGAAGCAACUUUCAUUGCCACAACCACCUCUAACUAGGCCACUCCCUACAGGCUAUAGUGCUCAUUGUUAGGCUGGCCGCACACUGAAACAUAGCAAGGGUAAGCAGGGGCAUGUUGGAAAUGUAUCACACUGUAAUGUAAUUGAUUUUGACUCCACAUGUAAACAUGUAAAUUUGUAUCUCUGCAAAUCAAUUUAAUUGUUUUUAAUGUAACCUUGUCUGGGUCUUUGUUUGGGCAGAGACCACAUUACUAUAUACCCUUGACUAUUAAAAGGAGGGGCACUGCAACUUCUAAAGACUCAAUUAUAAGGAAAAAAAAUGCUUCAUGGUUACUCUUGCAGAAUUCAAAAUAAGGAACACCUUAAACCAUGUUCUUAUGUAAGCUUAAUGACUACUACUGUUAUGUGUUUCUGUUUAUUGAGAUUUAAUUCUUAGAUAAGUUAUCGGCAACAAUGUCGAUAUCGCUCCUCAUAUUCAAUGCCACCUCUUAAUUAUAAUGGCUGUAACAGUAAUUGCAUAGACACAGCUGUUUCCGGCAUUCCAGGCAUUUUGGCUAUUUGUAGCUAAUCACCUAAACUUGAUGAACUUCAGUAAGGCUAUGCAGUGAAAGAUGGUCAACUUGGUGGUUCAACGUUUUGAGGAAAAUAAAUCUCAGCAGUGUGGUGCCGGUGCAGUAACUCGCUUAGUCCUUGUAGCUGGUUGACAUUCUGACCACUUUGCUAAUCCUGCGCUUAUAAUGGUCUGGAAAAAAAAAAGUGACCUUUUUUCCCUCUGACUCUUCCCUGACCAAAAUUCAAAUUCACAGCAAUAGCCAUGACUAUCUACUGGCUUCUUUGAGAAAUUUAACUUUAGUCCUGUCCGUGUCCAGAAUUUGUCCAGAUUUGCCAAGGGGGGACCCAGCUCUUCCUGUUGCCACCUCACUCUCGGUUACUAUUCAUAACCACUCUCAGUGCUGUCAUGUCCCUCAGCAUGCUGAGUCCUACAUGUAAUGUGAAUAUAUGCAGAAAACAGUGUCAAGCAUUCCCCUUAAUGCUUUCACAAUUAUGUUGUGGGUGUUUGUUUUGUGGGUAUUCACAUUGUUUAAACAUUUUCUGAAGAAAAAAAACCAGCAGUGAAAGCUCAGUUAAUUCCUGUCAAUCCUCAUUUCUGAGUUGAGUAUUGGAUUUUCUCACUCUAACCUCAGUCACAACACAAUUAUCCUCAAAAAGAAGGUAGAAAUAAGCAUUUUAUGUACAGCUUGGUCCACAUCACAAACCCGUUGUACCAAACCAUUUGUUUUGAGCCCCAGGGCGUCAUAGUGCCGGUCAAGCAAUUGACAAGACUUUCAUCUGGUCUUUGGUGCAUGGAUCUUAACCUGAGGACCACUGGCAUGGUUUUGAGGUAUUUUGCUGCCACUGGUGUCAUAAUGUUCAUGUUGUUCUGUUGAGCCCUCCCCUGUGUGUUCUCUAGAGAAGCAAACUCAGGAAUAAUAACUGCACACUUGACUGCACUAAGGAUUGCAUCAAAAUAUCAAGAAAUUCAAAAUUAAAUGUAUCUGUUGGGGGUGGAGUAAUAACUGCACACUUGACUGCACUAAGGAUUGCAUCAAAAAUAUCAAGAAAUUCAAAAUUAACUAUCUUUUGGGGGUGCAGUUAAGACAAAAUAGUCACUUAGAUGAGUGAUGAAAUGUUUCUCCCACUAAACGUCAUGUCCAGAUGAACUGAUUCAACUCUGGGAAAAUAGUCCCAUAUUUUGCCAAUUUCAGCUUGCUUUGCUGUUGGAUGGCACUCAAGAGUUUAUUUCGCUUUUGUGAAUAUCUUUCAGGGUCAUAAAACAUCAGUUGAUUGAUUUGUGCUGUUUAGCAAGUUUGUGGAGUGAUAAAAGUGUGCUGGGUUUGUCCCCUAACCCUGAAGUUUUUUUUUUGCUUGGUCUUUGGGUGAAUUUGGAAUACUUUUUGCCUCGUCUCUUUAAUACUACUGUCUAUUGUGUAUCAAUGCAUCAGUUAGUGGUUCCAAAGCUACACCAGGCAGCAGUGGGGUUGAGUGGGGUUCAUAAUAAGGCUAGACUUCUCUAUUGUUAUUGGAUUUCUUAAUUCGCAUAGCGAGUUACCCACAUGGUGCUACGCAUACGAUAUGGCACAGAACGCAUUUCUCCCUCAGUUAUUUACUGAGCCACGGGAGUGAACAUCCAGGAAACAUGGGCAACAGUAAUUUCUGUUUUUAUCACUUUUAGAGACACCACAGGCCCCAACACAGUAGCACUUGUACCAUCAGAAUUGGUGUAAACCGACAUCAUUAAACCUGCCACUAAGAAUAAUGCCAUAUGGUGGAUACUUGUCUUUUGUGCAGUGAAUAGCCGGUUCUUUUUAACCAGCAUGGUUGUAUGACUAAUGUGUCUUUGGGUUUGGCAAACAGCAUAUUGGUCUGAGAUCUGAACUAGCCUGAUUCUGGGUUCCUUGUUUUAUUUUGUGGGGGCCAGGUUAUAAAGUUAUGCACUGUUGGCAUGCUUUGGUUUGGUUUCAUUUUUUCCAUUGCAAGGGUGAUUUUGACCAUGUACAGUAAUUUGUAAACUUGCAUCAAGUUUAUGAAUAAAUAAUUUU